AUGAGUGACGUGAAAUCCAAGAACCUUUACGAGCUCCUCGGUAAUGACAGUGACCAGGAUUCGGACAAGGAGCCAGCACCACCUACAAAGGUGACCGAUAAGCCAGUUGCACGACAUGGCAAGCGUGAUGCACCUGCUUCAGCCCCGAGUGAGGCUCGUGGAGGAGGUGCUGGAGGCGAGCGUGGUGGACGCGCAGGACGUGCCCGUGGACGUGGGGGGUUCUCUGGCAACGAUGGAGUUUUUCGCGACCGUGAAGCCGGCUCGACGAACAAUCGCGACAAGCCCACCGACGAUGGACUCCGUCAAGAUCGCCACGCAAACCGCAUCGAAGGUGGCCGUGAUCGAGGCAGCUACGAUGGACGCGGUGGCCGUGGGGGCCGUGCUGGCAGAGGUGGACGCGGCAACCGUGAUGACCGCCACACUCGUGGCGUUCCCAACGACCACGUCAAGCAAGCCGACCAAUCAUGGGGCGCACCUACCGGCGAAUCCGAGUGGAAAGACGAACAAGCAGGUGAAGCCAUUGCCAAAGCCGAAGAGAAGGACGAAGGUGCAGCUGGCGGGUGGAAUGCUAGCGCUGCCCCAGGAGACGACUGGAAUUCUGGCGCCGCUGCGGUCUCCACUGACGCAGCUCUCACAGCAGACGCUGACGGUACUGCUCCGGCCGAGGGAACUACCCCCGCCAAUGCUCCAGCCGAACCAGUCGCGGAGCCUGAGCCCGAAGACAACAGCCGCUCUUACGCCGACUACCUCGCCGAGCAGGCGGAGAAGAAAUUGAAGCUCGGCGGUGGAGUGCCGGAGGCUAGAAAGCCAAAUGAGGGCAGCAAGGACAAGAAGUACGACAAUGCGAAGCCGGUCGCUAAAGAUGAGCAGGAGGACUUCUUCUCCGGCAAGAGCGAAAAGGCCAAGCGAGAACGUCAGCGCAAGGAGAAGAAUGUCCUUGAUAUCGACAUCAAGUACGUCGAGCCUCAAACUGGUCGAGGUGGAGGCGAUCGCGGCGGCAGAGGACGAGGCCGUGGUGAUCGAGGAGACUUCAGAGGCAGAGGCAGGGGUCGUGGUGACGGUUUCAAACCCAGAACCGACAGUGGUUUCCGUGGCGGACGGGGCAGAGGUGAUGGUGGCUCUGUCAACGUCAAAGACGAAAACGCUUUUCCAAGCUUGGGCGGCUCAUAG